AUGGCUGCCAGAUAUCCUUGGUGGAAAUCUUUCACGGUGAAGAAGAAGAGAGACGCCGCAGCGCAGGACUUGGACCGCGAGACCAACACCGAGAACGCGCCCGACGGCUCCACACCACCGGACCCGCUGGAUAACAACAGCUCUAGUUUGAUCUCUGACGACACCUAUGACGACUCUCAGGUCGAGUCCGCGUUCAGUGAGCACACCUCCCGGCGGAACCUACGAGUGUCCCGCUCCGGUCGAUUUAAAGAGAAACGGAAAAUUCGGGUAACUUUACCCGAAAAUAACAACUUUUAUGACACUACCACUGCUGUGGCCAAAUAA